UUUCAGACACUUGUGCAUACCGUGCAAGCCGGCAAGAACUUGAACGGACGUGAGAAGAAAACAUUGGUACAAUGAAGUCUUUAUUCGGGAAUCUCGUCUACUGCCUUUUCCUCUUUGUGUCUGAUGUAUACGGAACGUACCGUUUGAAUGGAUUCGAUCCACUGCAGGUUACUGCUCAAAGUUAUGCACAACGCAGAAAUCUUGCCCGGCCACCGCUGCGGACGCUCGAUCCUUCAGGUAGGUUUCAUAGAAGGGUGUCGGUCCCCAGUACAGCUUUCUAUUUGUGUUUUGUGUAACGAUACACACUGAAUAGCACUGGAUUGUUAAGCCAAGUAAAUUAUCAGCCAACAUUGAAAACGCGCUUCUUGAAUUCAAUUAUUUGUCUAAUCUGAUCAAAAUCUCGUGCCAGGUACUCGUAGUCUGUCCACGAGAGUUUAAUCCGAUAAUUUCAUGCUUCUCAUAGGGAACAAUUAAAAUCGCGUAAAAUGCGCACGGUCCAAUUGGUUUCAUUAUAGCCAGUCCUUUUAUUGUAGAGAAUUGGGUCUGCUAUAGGGUUUCAAAAUUGCAUUAACUUUUUCCCUGGUUUUCCAGAAAUCCUGGUUGGAGGUUCCGGAUUUCUUGCUUAUUGCCUGAUUCCGGGGAUAUUCUAACAGGGUUUUCUGGGAAUUUUGGGAAAGUUACCAGAAUUUUGCAACCCUAGUCUGCUAUGUGGAAACGCUAAUAAAUGUACUAAGGUACUUGGACAUAUGCAUUCCAUGUUCAUGCAGUUCAACAUGGCAAUAAUAAUUCAUUAUAGAUUGACAUUUACCUUCUUUUUAUUUUUUUUUUGACAUACAAUUUCAAAAUUGACCAAAUUAUACAUUUAUUUGAUUUUGCUUUAUUGGCUAAACAAUGACAUCCAAGCUUAUAAUAAGACAGACACCAUAUUUGUCAAAACUAUAUGUGCAACAAGACUACAUGCAUGUAUAAGUAAUUUACAACAACAUUUUACAAGUGCCAUAUUCCUCUAUGCUUGUUCGAAACGAGCCAAGCGGCUACCAGCUCAAAUGUCACUCAUGCUUCAACAACUAACUCUUAAAGCAAGCAGAGUUCAUUCUCACAUCAACAACACACCCAGAACUAUAAUUCAUACAAACUCACAUCAAAACCAUAGCUAUAAUUCAUACAGACUCACAUCUUUCCCAUUUGCUGACUAACUAAUUUGCUCUACCGCUCCUCCUCUCCUCCUCUCUGGUGGCCCCUAGUUCACGCCAGUGCAUACAGGCAUAGAGGCUAUCACUACCACCACCAGCCACCAGGGAUCCACCUGCCCGUGGUUUACCAUCAGCCUGUCCCUCUAUCUCCACCGGUGGCUUACCACAGACCCUCUGUCCCCUUGCCACCUUACCAACACAGAUUCAAAGGGCCAGCGCCACCAGUGGUGUACAACCUAUAUCAAGACCUUUCACCUCCAGUAGUUCACCACCACCCAUUUAAAGGAUUUUUUCCACCAGUGAGCCACCACCACAAAUUCAAAGGUCCAUGUCCACAAACUUUACCUCUGGUACAGCCUAAGCCUACUACAGUGCCAACGACCUCUGUGGUGUACCUACCCACCACAGUUCCAACUCUACCACCAGUAACAACCUUGCAACCGGUGAUGACCACCUUGCCACUGGAGGUGACCACCAACCCCGUGCCGCCAACGCUACCGGUCAGUACCCAAAGCGGCGUCAUCACCACCACCAGUGUGAAGACAGGUAGAAGCCAGGUUUCCCUUCCAACCCAACCAAUCCAAUCCAUAGUUGUCCAUGUCAGCUCUCUCUUUUAUUUUAUAAUAGCACAGGACUACUGUCACAUAACCAACCAUUCUCAUUGAUAAUUUCAUCACAUAACCAACCAUUCUCAUUGAUAAUUUCAUCACAUAACCAACCAUUCUCAUUGAUAAUUUCAUCACAUAACCAACCAUUCUCAUUGAUAAUUUCAUCACAUAACCAACCAUUCUAAUUGAUAAUUUCAUCACAUAACCAACCAUUCUCAUUGAUAAUUUCAUCACAUAACCAACCAUUCUCAUUGAUAAAUUCAUCACAUAACCAACCAUUCUCAUUGAUAAAUUCAUCACAUAAUCAACCAGCCAGAGAAAAGUAUUACAAUAUAUAGAAAGAAAUCGUAGGAAAUUAUGCUAUUUGCAAUCUAAUAAUGACAAAACACCAUACAAUACUGGGGUGAAGCAUUCCGGGACAAGUCAAAAAUGACUUUCUUGUCCUCCGCAGUUUAUAAUUUGGAAUAGAAAAACUAUGAAUAACUGGAUAUACAUUUAAAUACUCUUCCCUGUAUAUUAGAAGGAUAUUUUUUAAACUUAUCCUGGAAAAAAACUAAUCAGUUUUGACAACAGAAUGCUUAAAGAAGGAUACUAGUAACAAUACAGUUCUGCACCACUUGGAUGUCAAAGCUGAAUGAAGCCUUGCCAUUCAUUUUGGCCAUUCACAUGCCAAUCCUGAACUAUUGACAUAGAAGAACAGUUAAGAAAGGUGAAGGGAUACAGUAUGUCUCCAUGAAAGGCAUAAUAUACUGUAAUAACUAACCUCUAAACCAUCUGUCUAACUGAAAUGAUGCACAAGUCAUGGCCUUGCGAACCCCUCUUUCAUCCCAUAACUCUCAAGAAACCAGAGUUGUGCAUCCCCUAAACAACCAUGUGAAGUGUUGUCCUAAUUUGUGUAACUGAAUUGUUUCACCUUUCUUCAUGGGCACUAAUAUGAAUGAAUGUGUUGCUUUUCAAUCCACAAACUAGGGCUACAUGUGUGUGUUUCAAUGGAAUAAGUUUGUAUGAAAUAAACUGGGCUUUUCAGUGUGAACAUAUGGCCAGCUUGUUAAGAGCUGCAAUGCUUCUGGUUUGCCACCAGUGACAGACAAUUCGUGCAGGAGCCGUCCCCUGGACCUGGUCUUCAUCAUCGACAGCUCCCGCAGCGUGCGCCCCGGCGAGUUUGAGAAGGUCAAGAUCUUCCUGGCCGACAUGGUCGACACCUUGGACGUGGGACCAGAAGCCACCCGCGUGGCCGUGGUCAACUAUGCCAGCACAGUCAAGAUCGAGUUCCUGCUCAAGGCUCACCUGAACAAGCCCAACAUGAAGCAGGCUAUCACCCGCAUCGAGCCCCUGGCCGCCGGCACCAUGACUGGCCUGGCCAUCAAGUCGGCCAUGACCAAGGCCUUCACCGAAGAGUCGGGCGCCCGGCCGAAGUCGAAGAACAUCGCCAAGGUGGCCAUCAUCGUGACAGACGGGCGUCCUCAGGACCAGGUGGAGGAGGUGUCAGCAGCUGCCCGGGGGUCUGGCAUCGAGAUCUACGCGGUGGGGGUGGACCGCGCCGACAUGACCUCUUUGCGGCUGAUGGCCAGCAACCCUCUGGAAGACCACGUGUUCUACGUGGAGACCUACGGCGUCAUCGAGAAGCUCACCUCCAAAUUCAGGGAGACCCUGUGUGGUAUGACUGAUCAGGGUGGAGGAGGAGGAGACCAGUCUAAACCUUAAACGUUGGUUUUAGUCCUAGAAUGUGUAGGGACCGCGUACCGUCUACAGGGGUGGUUUAAUCUGUGUUUCUCUUUAGCACUUCCUUAGUGUCAAUUAUACACUGACAAAAUGGUAAAGAGAAAAAACAGACCUCACAUGGAUUAAAGGUUUAUAUACCCUGGUACUAGAUUCCAGCCCAUUGGAAAGUAGUUCGGCCAUUUGGUCUACUCUGGGCUGGUUUCCCAGAUUUAGAUGAAACCUAGUCCCAAAUUUAAAAUAUAUUUUAAUGGAGAAUCUCUUGAAAGUGCCUCUUAGUCCAGGACUAGGCUUAAUCUGGGUCUGGGAAACCCGCCCCAAGAGUUUAGGGCAGUCUUGGUCUCUAGUGAACAGAGUCAGGUAUGGUUCCCCAAAACGACAGAGAUCUUAGUGAGUAAUGGACAGGAUGGUCCUUCGACAAGUGCAAGGUGAUUGAGAGGUAACUGCUCAUUAACGAUUGACCAAUGAGAAAUCAAAGCAUCAUGCCACACAGAGAUUGCUUUGAAUCCGUCAAUCCUACUGCUUUGUUUAAAAUGAUCAGAAUACUGUUCUAAAAGCUUCUUCAAAGUAAUUUUGAAUAGUAAAUAUACUACGAUUUUCCUAGUCAGAUUUAUUUGUAAUGUACAAAUAUUUCUUUAAACUUGAAUGUUGUGUACAUUUUAAUAUUGUUUUUAAAAUAUAUAUUUUUAUGUUAACAUUCCCCCUUCUAUGUUUGCAAAGGACCUUGGCUGAGUUGGUGUUUGGUCCACCAGCUGUCCAGUCACAUUAGGUGGCCUUCAGUGUAUAGCUGGACUUAUGUCAAUAGUCUAUUGAUGUACUUCCAUACACCUUUUUGAAGCUUGGAACUCAGACAAUACAACAAACAGUCUUUUGCAUCCACAAUUUCAUCAAACAGGCUAUGGCAAAAUGUCUAUACCUUCUACUGCACUCACAUGCAUAUGCUCAAAAACAUGUUGUCUUAGUUCAGUUUGCUAUGGUAUCUAUACUUGUUAUGCUAUUUAUACUAUAUACAGAAAUUACGUUUUCUUAGAGAAAUUAGAUUAUAAACGACCAGCGUUUAUAUAUGGUAAGUAUGUUUGAUAAUAUGGCUUCUUCAGAUCACCUUUGAAUGCAUACAAGCUAUAACCGUUCCAAACUUGCCAGCCUAUGAAAUUGUACCAUGCUGCUAUACGUGUAGCUUGAUGGCUCCCUCACUUAACCCCGACUUAUUCCAGGUUGGGACCCCUGUGACAUGGGACACGACUGUGAGGACAUAUGUGUUAGCAGCAGCAGCAACAACUCCUAUCACUGCAGGUGUCGGGAGGGGUAUCUCUUGAACACGGACAAGAAAACAUGUUCCCAGAGUCAGAAACGUAAACCUCCCCAUUUAUGUUUGCAAAGGACCUUGGCUGAGUUGCAUUGAAGGUGUAUGGUCCAACAGCUUUCCAGUCACAGUGUAUAGCUGGCACUAUGUCAAUAUAUACUUCCAUACAGCUUUUUGAAGCUUGCAAAUAUUGCCACUGGAACUCAGACAAUACAAGUGUCCUUUGCAUGCACAAUUUCAUCAAACAGGCUAUGGCAAAAUGUGUCCCUAUACAUAUAUGGACUCAAAACAUGUUAUCCUAGUUCAGUUUGUUAUGGUAUCUUCACUUUGAAAUGAGGGUUUCUAUCAAAUUGCCAUCCAGGAAUGAAAUUGAAUAAAUGGGUUAUAAAUGACCAACAAUGCUAUCAUUACAUACAGUGUGGUAAGUAUGUUUGAUAGUAUGGCUUCUUCAGAGUACUACCCCAGAUCACCUUUACUUAGACAGAAUGCUUAUAUAUAUACAAACUAUUACAGUCCCAAAUAUGAUGCCAGCCUAUGAAAUUGUACCCAUGCUGCUAGCUUGUCAGCUCCCUCCCUUAACCCCGGCUUAUUCCAGGUGUGGACCCCUGUGCCAUGGGACACGACUGCGAGCACAUAUGUGUCAGCGGCAACGCGUCCUAUCACUGCACGUGUCGGAAGGGCUAUAUCUUGAACCUGGACCAGAAAACGUGUGCCCUGAAACGUAAGAGUCAGUAGGCUAACUGUGGUUGUAUUAUAAAUAUGCCUCCUUGAUAUAAUUAUAACUGUAUGUUGAGUCUGCUCAGAUGCUCCACCCGUUAUGAAUGGUGAUCACAGAAGAUCCCUAAUUUGUUUGUUUUCUUAUAAGCAGAACAUGAAUGACAAGUCUUCAUUCAGCUUUUAAAAUCCAACUGGUGCACAAUCAAUAUUACUUCUUGAUUCACCAUUGGUGUUCCAUUUGCAGAACACUUUGUAGCACUCGCUAGGUUGCUUCAACGUUGCUGCAACGUUGUCAUAGCAUUGUGUUCCUGUCAUGGCCAUGCAAAUGGAACCAAACUCUCUGUGCUGUUCGUCUUGCCUACUAUAGAACACAAGAGAGCAAAACCAGGAUAGGUAAGGGUUGAGUUUUUGGGUAUGCCUACUGCUAUAAAAGAGGAUCAGUUGAACCUAGGUAAAGUACUUAUACAGGGUCAUGUUUAGUAGGGAGAAAAUCUUCCAGGCACUACCUGAUCUAGUCCAAUAAGAACACAUAUUUACAUUUUCCGGUGCAAAAAACCUUUUGCUACGGUGUGCUCUACUGUACACAACCUUGGUUUGUAGAAGUACAGUUGCAUGCCCUGCUAGUAUAGGGAACUCAACAGUAUACCAAGAUUAGUUAGGAGCUAUUGAGUGAGAGGCUCCUCCUGUGUUGUCUAUGUACAGACAUUAUGUAAUCUUUAACACUAACGUGACAUAUUGCUCCGCCCCAACAUGAAGAGGUGAAUGUGGUGGUGGUGGAGGACCCCUGUAAGUGUGAGACCAGACUGGCUUUCCAGAUGCAGACACAGGCCGCACUCCAGGAGAUCACUGCCAGACAUAUCCUUUCUGUUAGUUCACAGUAGGAAAAUGACUGACCGCAACACUCAAUAUAGGCUGAAGACUCAGUGGUACUCAGUGGUAUGCCUCCUUCAAAGCAAUUCAUGGGUUAUCUUGAAUGCCUGUAUGAUUGAUGGGAUAGGUUGCAUGAUCUACCAUGACAUUAUGGUGUUUAGAUUUGUGGAAGCAAAUACUACUUUGUCAACUGAAUAAUCUGAUGUUGUAGAUGAAUUGUGUAUAUAUAUAUAUAUAUAUAUAUAUAUAUAUAUAUAUAUAUAUGGGGGGGGAAAGGUUAUAAAUAUGAGUUUUUCAGAUGUAAUUGUGUUUAUUAACCUUUAAUUCAAGUUUUUAGCUUGCUCCUAAUGUUUUACCAUGAAAAAGAAUUGCCUUUACUCUUCUCACUAGCUGACAUGACAGGAAGAGUGGAACAGAUUGAGAACAUUUUGGGUCCUGUCUAAGGGGAGGAGGAAACGGUAAGUAACAAUUCCCUGUAAGGAAGACUGUAGGUUAAACCCUUCCAAACCUGACCUCUGUAUAUUUGUUUACCCUCAGCAGGGUCAGCCAACCUCCGAUGGCCCCGCAGCCAGCCGUCACAGUCAUGGACCACUGCAACACAGGCAUGUACUACUACUGCUGUCCUCCGUCAUCACAUCAGCGGAUAUCGACAACAACAGACAGUGGAACUUUGGAUAAACAGCACUGCAAUGGCUAGAAGGAAAUAACGUCAGUCCAUGGUGCUAUAAACAAGCUGUUAGACAUAGGUCAGGACUGUAUCAAGGAAUUAUGGGGGCUAUCGAUUGGCUAAGGGUGUCAGUCUGUCCAUAUCUGAGCAUCUGGUUCCCACGGAAACGUUACAGUAUAUGUCGGUGUACACAUUAGAAAUGUGUUAAAUGCAUUUAUUGUAUUAAUACAUUUUCAUCAAGUCUCUGCUUCAGCUAACACAUUUGAAAUGAGUUUUUGUUUUUGGAAGUUUAUUUUAAGUAUAUUAAAAAAAAAUAAAAAAAUGUUCAGUAGGGACCAGUCAGUGAGGGUCAUUGCUUUUAAGAUAUUGUUUUAUUUUAACAGAUGGUUGAAAUGUUAUACUAUAUGAUCAUUUCUAAUCUGGUAGAAAUAUGUCAUUAGUUUUUUAUGCUCUCCAUAUAAGGUAUUUUUGUUAGGUUGUGUCGGUGCAAAAUGUUGAACGCUAUAAUAUGGGGAAAAUGUAAACCCCCAUGUGUGCUGUGUACAUCAGGAUAAAAAAUGGUAUGUUUGUCUGAAAAGUGUACUAAUGUACUGAAUAUGUGACAAUAAAGACCAGGAGAGGAAA